CCCUCGGCGUGCUGGGGGUUCCACCGAAUUUCUGGGCAUCAUCAGACAAAGGGCCGGGUGCGUGGUGCCUACGCUCUAAAGUCCAUAUGGCCAGAGGCCCCAGCACUUGGGAAUGAGCCGCAUGCAUACAUCUCCACCAGCCGAUUCUUUCUAGGUUUGAGGCCGUCAAUAUGCCCCUAGGAACGUUUGCGAACCAAACGGAAGUUAAGUGCACGGCGCCGUUGCUGGAUGAGUCGUUGUUUUCAAAGACGGGCGGAUAUACCUCUGGCAGAUACUGCGGUCUGGGCUCGUUCGAAGAUGGGACAACAUGCUGCUUCCCAUGUCCCAUCCAGGACUGGCUAUAUCCACCAGAAUGGAAAUCCCAGCUCCGCGUCCCGAACUACCUCUCCCUCCUCUCCGUAAUUCUUUGCUGCUUCCUCCUUCUCUCCUUCGCCAUCCUGCCCUCCGAACAGACACAUCGACAUUACCUCUCCGUCGGCCUCCUCUUUCCGGUUCUCUUCAUCUCGCUCUCCUUCGCCAUCCCUGUGUCCACCAAGCCUUCCCUUUGCCAUGACGCUAUCACGCCAAACGACAUGCACUCCGACAUUUCCUGCGCCUGGACCGGCUCGCUCGUCACGCUCGGUGGUCUCGGCUGCGUUAUAUGGGUCUUCUUGCGGAGUCUCUGGCUCCACAUCCGCAUAUUCUGGGACAGGGAUCCAGGUAAACGAUUCAAAUGGGGAAGUCUUGUGAUAGGGUAUUUGCUCCCAUUCGUCUUCCUCAUCGCUAUUUUAGCGGCCACCGGGUUCAGCUAUCGCAUGGGGCAGACAUGCUUGCCAAACCGUGAGCAUGCGCUCGUAACGUUCUGGAUCUGGCUCGUCGUCUUUGCUAUUCUAGCUUUCCUGCUGCAGACGGUCACGACGGCAUACUGCUUUUACGUCUACAUCCGCACUUUGCGCCGCGAACGGCGGUCCUCGGCGGUGAACUCCUUUGAGCGCGGGCGCGCGCGGCGCAAGGUGGAGAAUUGGGGUAACGUCAAGAGGCUGUUCCUGCUGCAAUGGCGAAAUAUACUGGUCAGCAUAUUCGUCAUCAUUGGGAGCAUCAGCUUCUUCAUAGUGUUCUGGACGCAGGACUCCAAGAUUGGGACGGUGUUCAAUGACCCAGAGCAUAUCAAGCCGGUCAAGACGUGGAUUAUCUGCCAAACGCUGAGCAAAGGCGACAAGAAUGAGUGUAGGAGGUAUGUGAAGGACUUUACAGUGGAUCAGUCCGCUGUCCUUACGUCUCUGAUUCUAGCUUCGGUAAGAUCCUAUCUCCUUCCCUCCAAGAAUUUUGAAGAAUGAGCAUUUGCUGACAUACGAGGCAGCUCGUCGGCAUCGAAAUUUUCAUCCUCCUCUUCCGUACCUCCAUGGUCUCCGCCUGGACCGCACUCUUCCGGCGUGCCUUUAACUUUCUCCGCACAAAAGGCCGCCCAUCCUCGCCAGAGCUCACAUCACUCGAACACCCCGAGAGAUAUCUUCCUCCCUCGCCCAGCAAACGCUUGCCCUUCUCGGCUUUCAGCGCAGACACGCCGAACACGGAAGCCAGCUCUAUCAGCAUGCAAACGACUGGUCCUAUUACCGAGAUGCAGACUUUGAGCCAGAGACCGGGCUUUGAGAGGGUAAAGAGUGAGAUAGGGCUGUUACAAGCCCCGGGGCCGCAGAGAG